CCUUUAGCCACUCCCACAAAACUCCCACCACCAACCGAAAAACCGAAACGAAAAUGGCGAUAACUCUCCGCUCUCCACCUUGCUUCGCCAGCAAACUCCGUCAUCGUCUCCACCUCUCUCUCGCCACGAGAAGAAAGCUCGCCGUCAAAUCUCAAAACCUGUCGAGCGAUGAGAAUUCGACCGCCGAGACCGACCAGCCGUCCCCCGUCGCAGCUCCGGCCAAGAAGUCCGCGUCGCCAGGGCUGGGAUUUGGCUCGAGCCGUUCGUCGUCGAGCAAAUCGACCUCCGCCGCGGUUACUAGCAAGAUAAAACAGGGAGGGAAGAGAGAGAGAGCGUCGAUCAUUAGGCGGACACCGGUCGAAAAGCCUGCGUUCUUUUCGAAGGAGGACGAGGGAAAUGCGGAGGAGCAGGGGAGGAACGAGAGUGCGUUCCUUCUUACUUGGUUAGGUCUUGGUGGAAUCAUCCUCGUCGAGGGCAUUGCUCUCGCGGCUUCCGGCUUCUUACCAGAUGAGUGGGAUAAGUUUUUCGUGAAGUAUCUGUAUCCGUCUUUUACCCCGACAGUUGGCCUGUUUGUUGCUGGAUCUGUUGCAUACGGCGUUCUGAAGUACCUACAGAAUGAAAAUCUUGAAGCCGAAGAAUGAGUUCCAGUUGAUACUUCCAGGUUGUACAAACGACUGACAGUAAAUAGUUAUGGCUAUGCAUCACCUCAUUUUAUUUGGAAUUCCUCCCUCUAAAAUGUUGGAUACGAGCCUUGUGAGCAAAGAUAGUUUUUGGACAGCGCGAUAGCAACUUCAUGCGGUGGACACUGUACUGCAUAUAGUGAUUUUGAUCACUA